AUGCAUGGAAGGUUGCAGCUGACAUUUGCCCAUGCCCUAGGCCUUGUGGACUUCGUGUUGCACAUCGACCACCACCUUGGGCAGCUCAUUGCCAGCCAUGGCCCUGCCACCUAUGCCAUUUUCUUCACCAUCGUCUUCUGUGAGACGGGCCUCGUCCUCACACCCUUCCUCCCAGGCGACUCCCUCCUUUUCGCUGCAGGCGCCUUCGCCGGCAUCGGCAAACUCUCCCUUCCCAUCCUCCUGGCCGUGUUCAUAACCUCAGCGAUCAUUGGCGACGCUGUGAAUUACGCUGUUGGCGCAUGGCUGGGCGACCGCGCCACCAAAUCCAAGCUCGUUUCUGCUGAAGCUAUAGGCAGGACCGAGCGCUUCUACGCCAAGCACGGCGGCAAGACGGUCGUGCUGGCGCGCUUCGUCCCCAUCAUCCGCACCUUCGCGCCAUUCGUGGCAGGCGUGGGCGGCAUGGCCUACAACAAGUUCGGCCUGUACAACGUCGCCGGAGCCGUCCUGUGGAGCGUGCUCUUCACCGGCGCCGGCUUUCUCUUCGGCAACGUGCCCUUCGUGGAGAGGAACUUCUCACUGGUGGUGCUGGCCAUUGUGGCGCUGUCGGUGGUGCCGGUCGUGCUCGAGGUGGCGGCCGCCUGGCGCGAGGGGAGCGCCGGGGAGGGCCGGGCGGGAGUGGCCUGA